AUGACGCAAAUCGUCGUACUGCCUAGUUUACUACCUGAACUUCUACCUAGUGCAUCAGAUCGUUCUCCUAAACAUAUUCGCUUGUUUUGUCAGAUAGUCAACUACGAUCCAAGUACCUUCAUUCUAUCGGUGGGGAAGAUCCCCACGCUUUCCAAUAUCGAUACACAUAUAUUUGAGAUUAACAUACGAGCUAUACUACUGAAUAUGCAGUCAAGUUUGAAUUUUGAAAAGGGCAAUGUUAUUGAGAUUGAUGGUCACUUUGAUGGGAAGAAGGUUGAUCCAAUGUCAAUUUGUGAUAUGAAUUGGCUGGAUGUCACCAUUGAGAAACUACGAGUGUUGGAGUAUAUGAGUGAAAUGAAAAUAAUGUAA